ACGGGGGGGCUUUGGCAUGGCUUUAGGGGGCAACGCUGCUGCACGUCUGCACUUUUAAUCAAUCAUUUACGCUGCUGCUAGGCUCCAGCUAAAGCAAUCAUUUAUUCUGCUCGUUUACACGUUAAAUUGAGCUUGAAUUAAACCAAAAUCCGGGUGACCUUUGACAGUGUGAGCCGUUGGGGAGGAGCGCGGCUGGGUCUCGGCGUUAGCUCCGUGUGCUAGCCUCCUCCAGAGACAGCGCAGGUUCCAGGAAGAGCAGCCCGCAGAGGAGAGCUCCCGCGCGGCUAUGGCAUCCCUCGGUAACUCCGGGGCCAGCUCCAGCCCCAUGGUGAUCCUGGCGCCCAAAACCAAGACGAAGAAGAAGCAUUUCGUCCAGCAGAAAGUGAAGGUGUUCCGAGCCAGUGACCCGGUGAUCAGUGUGUUCAUGUGGGGCGUGAAUCAUUCGAUAAACGACUUGAGCCAGGUGCCUGUUCCUGUGAUGCUGCUUCCAGACGACUUUAAGGCCAACACCAAGAUCAAGGUCAACAACCACCUUUUUAACAAAGAAAACCUCCCGGGACAUUUUAAGUUUAAGGAGUACUGUCCUCAGGUGUUCCGGAAUCUGCGAGAGCGUUUUGGUAUCGAGGACUUGGAUUAUCAGGUAUCUCUGACACGCAGUCCUCCUCUCAGUGUGGAGGCCCAGGGCGAGGGACUGCUCCUCAACUCCUACGACAAAACUCUAGUGAUUAAACAGAUCUCCAGUGAAGACGUGGCCGACAUGCACAAUAUACUGUCCGAAUAUCACCAGCACAUAGUGAAGUGUCAUGGGAACACGUUGCUGCCUCAGUUCUUGGGCAUGUACAGAGUGAGUGUGGACAGUGAGGAGACCUAUCUGAUUGUCAUGAGGAACAUGUUCAGCCACAGACUCGUGGUGCACCGCAAGUACGACCUCAAGGGCUCUCUGGUGUCUCGAGAAGCAAGUGACAAAGAAAGGGUGAAAGAGCUUCCCACAUUUAAAGACAUGGACUUCAGGAACAACAUGCAGAAGGUGUAUGUGACAGAGGAGGAGAAGGAGAAGUUUAUGGAAAAACUCAACAGGGACGUGGAGUUCCUUGUUAAAUUGAAGAUCAUGGACUACAGUUUGCUUCUUGGGAUCCAUGACGUGGGGCGUGCAGAGCGUGAGGAGGAGGAGGCAGAGGAGGUACCGAAUGAGGAAGAGCAGGAGACUGAGAACGGUCUAGCACCCUCUGCUGCUGUGGCGGGCUCGUACGGUAACUCCCCUGAAGGCAUCGCAGGGUACAUGUCAUCCUACAAACCUCUGGGUCCUGGAGAAUACGAUCCUUAUGUGGACGUGUACGCCGUCAAGAGCUGCGCAGGUAAUGGAGCCCCACAGAGGGAGGUAUACUUCAUGGGUCUGAUCGAUGUUCUCACUCAAUACGACACAAAGAAGAAAGCAGCACACGCCGCCAAAACAGUCAAACACGGGGCCGGUGCUGAGAUCUCCACGGUGCACCCUGAACAGUACGCCAAGCGAUUCAGAGAUUUCAUUUCAAACAUUUUUGCCUAAAAUCUCCACAAAUGCUGCCAGAAUCUCCUUUAAACGUAUGCACAAUCGGACCAUUCUGUGUCUAUGGGCCCUGAGUCUAGACUACUUCAACUGUAGCAAUGUGAUGUAAGACUUCAAAUGCAUUCACUCUAUUUAUUUUAGAUGAAUAUUUCUUAAAACUAUGGAGCACUCAUAAUAGACCUUUUUCACAACGGCUGGAAGUGCCGCGAUGUGGGGUAAAUGUCACUUACGUUAAUGCUUUUGUAUGGUGAAAUAUGUGUGGAAAUGUCUGGCGUAUUUUCCACCAGCUUCAUAACUCUGCCUUCCCAUCACCAAAUCUUCAUCCAACAAGGUCCACAAAGGACAUAUUCUGUCCAUAAAGAAUUUAUCCACAAAUAUCAAGGUAAGAAAACAUGAAGGAGAACAACAACAACACAUUAGUGAACUUCUGAGCAAAACUAACUUUAUGAUCAUGAAUUAAACAAAAGUAACUUGUGAACUCAGACUGAUUCUAGAAUAAAAAAUCGAUUUCAUGAUGUGGAUAUUAUGAUAGACAGAGAGAUUUGUGCACUUUAAAUGUUAGACAUGUAAUCUGUGAACAUCUGUAGCAUUCCAGUUGUGCAAAUCUGUCUAUGCUGAUAUCUACAUCAUGAAAUCGAUUUUUAUUUAUUUUAUUUUAUUUAUCAAUUUUAAUUUUAGAAUCAGUCUGAGUUCACAAGUUACUUAUGAACAAAUUACUUAUUACUUCUGGUUUAUUCGUGACCAUAACAUUAGUUUUGCUCAGGAGUUCACUAACGCGUCAUCGUUGUUAGCCUUUACAUUUUCAUCUUUCUUCCCUUGGUAGUUGUGGAUAAAUUCUUCAUGUUAGAAAGUUUAUCCUUUGUGGAGCUUGUUGGUUGAAGAUUUGGUGAUGGGAAGGCAGAGUUAUGAAGCUGGUGGAAAAUACGUGAGACAUUUCCACAGAUUUUUUGCCACAGAAAAGCAUUAAUGUAAGUGACGUUUACGCUACAAUGCAGCACUUCCGGCCGUUGUGAAAAAGGUCUGUAAGAUUUAAGCAAUAAGAUAUAUGAAAACAAGCUGCUGAUCAGUGUGUAGUGUGAAAUUACAUUAGCCUUUUCACUGCAAACAAAGAAAAUUACAUGAAGUUUAAACUGACCUGAAACUGAGUAGUUUUGACUCAUUUAGAUUUAUUUAUUUUGUUAAAGCUGUAUUAUGUAACAGUUCUUUUGGCUCUGCCAACUCUCUCCAUGGAAAUGUUAUGACUUUGCCUGGAAAGUUCCACAGGAUCACAUUAGAUGUAAUUAGCAGUUUAGCUUGUUUUAAAAAAUCCUUGAAAAACAGUUGUUGGUGUGAGUGGGCUCGUCUCACCACAGCUCUGACCUGGAACUUUGUCCUGGUGGCAUCAUCUGCUUGUUUCCAUAGAGAUGAAUAUGUUUGUCAUACCAUGGAACAUUCCAUGCAAAGCAAUAACAUCUGCAUGAGAGAGAGAAGCAGGUUGUGGACCCGUCAGAAACGUUACAGCUCCUGUCAAUGAUCUGCUAGUGUGGUGAGGAAAUUGUCCUUAUCCCAUUAACAUUUUUAACAAGUUUUCUCUCAGAGGGUCCAUCCACUGCCAUUUACAUGUUAUUUCUAUAUGUUGAAUGUUCCAGAGUAUUGCAUUACACCUGUCUAUCUUACAUUUAUUCAUACUGCUGUUUUUAUUGUUGAAAUCUUGCAAGGUCACCUCUAGAUACGUUUAAUGUCAUACUGUGGAACAUUCCAGACAUGGCAACAACAUCUCCAUGGAGACAAGCAGGUGGCCGAGCUUUUACCUCAAAAGUUUUUUCAGUAAAAGAUUUACUGCGCUGGAGAUGAAUCAUUUGAAAGCUCGGUUAAAACCCAGUUGUACAGAUGAAUCCAUGUAAAUGAGUCCAAACUGUUCAUGUGUUCAGUUCAGGUCAGAUAGAUGGAUAUUUUUGCAGUGUAGUCUUUCUAAAUGUGUAGAGACUUAGCUCUGUGUCUGUCUUGUCCUUAGCAGUGUAAAAAACAUGGAGGCAGGUUGAGUGUGUUUAGUGCCAAAUACGCCGCGUAAUUCACUCAUUUUAGCAUUUGCACUUAGAGAUCAUUCAUUCCAUUUGCUAGUUAAGGGAAGUAAAGCCUAAAAUAACUUUCUUUAACUAGUUUUAACCAAGCUCUAAUGUUACUGGCCAAACAUAUACCUGGAGUUGUAUUUUGUUUCGUUCAUACAAAUUUACAGAGGGGAUUUUGGAUAUCUCGUUUUCUAUCUUUAAAGGAUCUGUACCUGGUUUUCCCCAUCUUAAAAACAUGAAAAACACAACUACUUCCUUUUGAAGUGGUCCAAAGUUCUUGCUCACAUGCUUUAUAAUUAGCUGAAGACAGUACACAGUAGACAUAUUUUGACCUCAAGAGCUGCUCAAACAGUAUAUCUACUGAGACGAGAUACAUUUAACUCAAACUGUCCAAAAAACAAUUGAAACAAAACACAAGUCCAGGUAUUAUUCUGAUAAACAAAACAUCCAACAAACAAUAAUAAAGAGUCAAUCAUGUGUAAAAUAGCAAUUCUAAACAUUCACUAGUUUCUUCAAUUUAGUUUUCUAAGUAAGCUGCCAACUGGAACUGUAUCUGCUGUUUAUUUGUAAAGAUAUUAGGAAGAAGGGUUGGUACCAAAGUCAGCAGAGGGAAGAACAAAUUUAUAGACUGCGCUUUGGUCCUAGUUUAGUCCUGCUUUAGUCCUGGUCUAGUCCUGAUAUAGACUUUGUUUGGUCCUGUUCUAGUCCUAGUUUAGUCUGGGUCUAGUCCAGGUUUAGGACCAUCACAAUCGUUCCUGUAAAACCCUUCAAAUGUUGUUUUGUUACUGUUAACUGUACUAAUGAUAGAAAAUGCAUAACAAUACAAGUGAGCAGGAAUUGUCUCGUCUGAGGAUCUGUAGACCUGUCACGGUAACACAUUUGGAUAAAAGGUCAUAUUGAAAAACACUAGAAUUCACUUAAACUCUUUUCUAAAUCAACCAGAUUGUAAUGCACACAAAUUCAACAAAUCUGACCUCACCAUCUUGUCUCCUUGGAGAUCCACCCAUUUCUUCUCCUUAUCUGGGACCAGGUCUGAGCAGAGAGGCCAGACUUCCCUCACCCCAUACACUUCCUCGUACUCCUCCAAGGGAACCCCAAGGCGUUCCCAGGCCAGUCCCUCCAGCGUGUCCUGGGUCUUCCCCAGAGCCUGCUCCAGGGCCCCAUAUGGUGGAACAUUUCAGGUAAUGCAUCUCCAUGGAGACAAGCAUGUGAUGCUCCCUCGACCAGAAAAGUUCACAAACAAUUCACCUUUAAAACACUACCAAAAAAUAUCAAGAGGUCCCCACUACAUACAAUAUUUGUAUUGAAUGGAUUCUCGUGACAGGUCUUGUCGUGGUGAAUCAGUCUUUUUGAAACACUCCAUGUUGGUGAGAUGAAGGCAAACGAGUGCGAUGAAGAACUGUACACUGUAAAACUCUGAUUGCACAUGUAUUUUUGAAAAUCAGCUUUUGGACCAAAAUAUAUUUUACAGAGACACUAAA